AUGCAAGCGUCCAAAGCUCCCCGUCCGAAACCCUCUAAUUGGCCUCCCCAAUCCGCCCACACCGUCCUCAUCCGCAAUCUCCAACUAUUGGAGCUCGAUCGAUUGGAAGACUGGCCUGGCAUCACACUCCACACUCUCUCGCCAUCUUCCCAGAACCAACGUCAACGCAUCAAAGCUAUCGAAUGGAUCUUGUACCGGCUGGUCGUGCUUUGGGAUCCAGAGACCGCUCGGGAUAAACUUCGUCCCUUUUUCCCUCCGUUAGAGCCUCUACAGUCUGUCAACCUGAGAGCUGCUCUUUUCCGUGUAUUGUCCGACCUGAAGAAAAAUGGCGAUCUGGGCCGUGAGGCCAUCCUGCGGAAGUCCAUGCUGGACGAUUGCAGAGGUGAGAAAUUUGACGAACUUCUAGCUGUUUUCUCUACAAAUAUUCUACGGGGGAGGAAAGUCCAAGACCGCAACCUCGUGACAGAGCUAUCUCUGGCUCCGGGCCUGACUCCGCAAGAGUAUCCGCUUCUCUUACCGCUCAUUCUUGCGCACCGCGUGUCGCUGAAUACACUCGGGGCACGUCGAGCCCGUGUGCGCGAUACUCAUGACAAGUUCUCUCAACUACUUGACAAGAAGAAGGAUGAAUUGAGCACCCGCUCCAGGCCCGGCACCCAUGUCACCACCCAAACUCAAGGGGCUGAUCUAGAAACUCUCGCCCGUGAGAUAAAAGCCAAUUGGCAGGGAAGUGUGGAAUUCGCUGAUACUUUACUCUAUGGGGGACUUAACAGCGGUCGUGAUGCCUUUCUGGAGUUGCCGUUCGAUAGCGCCUGGUCUCAGGCAAAGAAAUCAACAGUUGACGACCUCCGUACCACCUCAAGCCGCCCCGAUUUGGUAUUGGAUCUUGAGACCCGUAUUUUGCGACAGAAAGCGCGCUUACAAAGAUGGCAUCAGUACUCUGCUUCUCUCCGCAAUUCAGAAACGGUAUCACCAUUGAAACAUACGGACUCAAAAAAGCCGCCACAGCUCGCCUUCCGUGAUCACCAGAAUCUCACUAUUGCCAGCAUUUCUAGAUCAGUGCGGCAGCCCGUUGACAGGAGGAUGCCAGCGACAAGCGACCAGGAUCUCCUAGAUUCUAUUUCUGAAGCAGUGGAUCGCAUAAAUGGCCCGUCGCCGCAGCGACAGAUCCCGUCGGUGUCCAUAUCUGAAUCGAAGCCUGAUCCAGAACAGAAGCCAUCAAGGCAGAUUCCAUCAAUCACACAACCAGAAAUAUUCAACCCCCAGGUCGACUCUACAGAGAUUGAAUCUACCAAAGAAAGACCCAGUGAAGAGAGACCUAGAGGGUCUCACACUCUUAUGGAACGAACUCGCAAAUCCAUGUCCUUAUAUGAUGCACUUCCUGAAAUCCCACCACCAGCCGAACCUACUCCAAAGAAACUCCCCAGAGAGCCAACUCCAGAGGAACAAUCUAGAGAACCGACACCUGAAGGAGAUCCUAGAGAGUCUUUUACUCUCGCCGAACGUACGCGGAAAUCAAUGUCUUUAUUGCCUCCUCCCCGCGAGCAACCCCAUCCAAGCCGACGACGGUCUCGGAAAUCUCGCGUCUCCUUUCCUGUGAACCAAUUUGAAACGCCCCCUAAGGCCGACUUCCCCAGUCGCGCAUCGACUCCGCGUGACGAACUUUUCGAGGACCAGGCCGACUACGCAAGCGUCUUUAAGUCCCGGCCACGGAUAGCACUGAGCCCUAUUACCUCGCCGGCGGUACAUGUUAGUCCGAUUGGGGACUUUGACCUUAGCGCGGAUGUAGAGUCAGAGGAUGGUGCGGAUGAUUUGGAGUAUGCUGAAGUGGGAUCACCUUCGGCUGCACGUGGGAGAUAUUAA